GUGAGGAGCAGGCGAUGCUCUUGUGUAAGAGGCAGGUGGAUACAGGAGGAGCGACAGAGAGCAACUGAGGACAGAGGCGAGGGAAGAGGAGCCAGCAAGCGAGGGAAGACGACAGAUACUUCAACAGUGGCGACUUUGGAUUCAUGAAUGAGAGUACGGGAAUGAUGGGGAGGCAAUGUGUGACCGGAGUGAAGAUGACACGUCCUCCUCCAUAGGAUUCAUAUACAUAUAUAUAUAUACAUUCACACACAGAAGCAUAAACAGACUGCAGAGAGCAUCAGGAGGAUGUAUGGCUUUGGAGGACAGUGGAGAUGGACACACCGUUUCCUUCAAGUCAUCUGGCUUUUGCUAUUUGCAGCCGCUCCACCCACAGCACUUGGCUAUUUCCUGGGAGACACUAAAGCCAUAUUAAAUGGCUGCGAGGACCACUGGACCCUGCAGGACAGGGCCGCCAUGCCGCUGCUCUUUCAGAUGACUGUGUGCGUGGACAUCCGUGUUGUGGUCCCCGGACCCUGGGUUGCCUUCUCUUACAGCUCGGUCCACGCACCCAGGCCUGAGCUGGGUCUGGAGGGAGACGACGGAGCUCUGUAUGGGUGGCUGCUAAGGGUCCGACACCGAUUUCCUCUCCAGUUGUCCCCGACUCACUGGCACAGGGUGUGCCUCAGGAGGGACGUACCACGCAACUCCUUUAGCCUGGAGGUUGAUGGGAAGAUGGUGGCCGAAAGGACCGUCAUCGCUCAGGCCAUCCCCCCUUACGGCUCUCUGUGGCUGGGCUGCCGUCCCAGAGACAGACCCCCGGGAGCCACGCUCGGAAAAGUGGAGUUGUACCUGUUCCGGAUGUGGGAGGACUUGGGUAACCAUGGCCUCUGUGAGGACGGCACCGUGAUUGGCUGGAACGCUCAGUACUGGGGCCUGACCAGUCCCAAUGCCAGGCAGAGAGACCCUCACCUCCUGUGUGCACUGAGACGGGUGAGACGUAGAGCUCCCACUCCCAGAAAGACUCCUAAAGGGGUGUUCUCAGCAACGACAACUCCAUUUGCACGGUCAAACCCAUCUCCAUCUGCUUUUACUGCCGACCAAACCGCAUCUGGAAAAGCACUCACAGGUUCCCAGUUCGUAAACUGUAGCAUCAGCCAACUCUGUUCCGAUAAGGAUGCUUACUUUUGGAUGUUACUAAGAGUGGUGGUCCAAGUGGACCAAAUUAUUACAAAGGAUGUGGAACAUCUGGUGUCAGAUGCGUUUGAUUGCAAAAAUAAAUCAUCAGACUUUGGAGAUGUCUGUCAGGAUGGCAAAAAUGUUCAGGUAGAAGAGGUCUCCUGUCAUGACAAAGACAACAGCAGAAAUAAAACCUGCAGUGUGGUGUUGAAGCUCAGCCGUGCUGUCUCAGCGUGUGAACUGCAGCACGCCAGCGUUUCUGCCCUGCAACAAGCAGGACACAAGAAAAUACAAGCACAAAUCAUUGGAGAGGUGGAGAGAGUCGCUCGAAAUCAGUGUAAGGACCUGAAGUCCUCUGGUGAGAAGUUUAUGAGGUGCACAAUCACAUCUUCCCUGGAGGACGUCUGUCGGUCUAAACCACUCCCCGAGCUUCCAUGCGCCGUCAUGAAGCUCAAGUCUCCCGACCUGGCGCCACAACCUAGGACAGGAUCCUGCAGUAGGGAAAAGCCUCGCUUUUGUGACUGCACUGCCUCCUGUAAUUCUUCAAGACAGUUUUUCGCCAUAAGAAUUAAUGUUAACGUGGCAUCUGUUGAUGUUAACUUCCUUAAACAAUUGUUGUCAGGCCUUUGUGAAGCCCACAACUGUAACAUGGGGAUAGGGUCAUCGUGUGAAGAUUGUUCAAAGCAUUACCGGUGGUGA